ACGCGCGUCUGGGACACAGUCACCCUAGGCCAGGCUUCGGUCGGGGAUGAACGACCUCCGAUUCAAAAAUAUCCGACUGCGAGCUUUCGUCAGCCUCCUUUGCAUACAACUCAUGAGCCUCGGCCCUCAAGUGGUUCGUAUAUUCCGGUGCUGCGCUCCGAUCUGGUUUCAGACUUUCGGAGUCAGUUACCGGAUCGGACCUCGGCGAGGACUGAACAGCCAAUUACGGCACAAGUACGAACUACCACGCUAGACCACGCUGCACACAAAACUUGCGAGUCCAUCGUGAUAAUGCCAGUAAACGGUGGCCAAGCAAUCCCUGUGUUCGGAAAUUACCAUGGAUAUUACUCUAAGCGUCCAUUCACCCGAGAUCCGCGAUUGGCUUUGCUCGCCACUGAAUUCUUCGUGGGUAAGCGAGUUUUGGAUGUUGGAUGCAAUGAAGGCUGGGUGACUUGUGAAAUAGCACAGUUCCGGGGGGCACGUCAGGUCAUUGGAGUUGAUAUCGAUGAUACUCUUAUAAGAGCUGCCUGGAGGAGAAGGCGCACGGUCUGGAGUCUUCAGUCUCCUGAAGGUGGAAAUAUCUCUGAGCAGAGUUACCCUCCACCCAAACGACAACGACUCCAUGGUGAUGCGUCCACUACGGACAAUAGUGUUCACAAUUAUUUCCCUGCAUCGUGCGAACACAGCUAUGGUCCAUUGCCCAUACCAGACAGAGGAUGCGGUGAUUUCCCGCACAACGUCACCUUCCGAACAGCCAAUUGGGUGAUGGACAAUAUACCAGAAGAUAACAAUCAAUACGACAUCAUUUUAGGGUUUUCUAUAUCAAAAUGGAUUCAUUUAAAUAACAAGGACGAAGGACUGAAAGAUUUUUUCCAUCGAGUUCAUCAAUGUCUAAAAACGGGCGGUGUUUUCAUGGUUUCGGGGAGCUACUGGAAGGAACUCGGAUUUUGUCAUGGUCAGCGCCUUGGGAUCACUGGCGACGGCGGUUUCCGUCGCCCUGUUGACCUCUACUUUAAGCAACGAUAAGAUAGGAAUUCCGUCUUUGCUAAACCGAAAAUAUACCUGCACUGCUACCAUAACCAAUGUGGUGCAUCUUCACACCCUCAAAACACGUAAAUUCACGGUACAGAAUGUGAUUCGCGGGUCCCGCCUUGCUUUAUUGUGUCUAUUUGUCUGAUGUACGAUAAAUUUUAUGCUUGUGCGCAGGUCAAUGCCAUUUUUCACAGCUGCCUUCCUGAUAGAUAAAUGGGUAGCAGCACCAAACUUCCUGCGCAGCAGAAGUGCAAU